AUAUGUAGUCCCACCUCGGACAAGUUUGACUUCCGGUGGAAAACGUGUGAAUUUUGGAAACAAAGCACCAAGGACCAAAUGAGACAGCUCACCUACGCUAACAUAGACGUACUCAUAGCCGCCAUGAAACUCCAGGGUCUAAAAUACCGAAUAUGGCACGACCUGGACAUCAUCGACAACCUCUACACCAGGUUCAUAGAAAAAGCUCAAAAAUUUAUGCCCAUAGCCUACGCCGUGAUAGAAACCUACCAGACUGAUAAUCACACCGCUAACCACAUUUACCAGUACUACCUGGGUAUUACAUUUGAGGAGUAUAGGUACAUGGGUGCAAAAUUAGAUAUAUUACGUAAAAAUAUGCUGGAUGUUACGGAUACCGAGGUUAAUUUAGCUAAAAGGUGGGCGGCACUUCAGAAGAUAAUUUUGGACAAGGUACUUUGGGCGGCUGAUUACAUACGGGUUAAUAGACAGGAUCCACUUUGGGGGUCAUUGCAUAUACAGAUUCACGAAUUGGUGAAAGAUGAGUUUAGGAUUAUAAACGCCGACCUUGCUAAGAUACCUAGUGGUGAUAAAAAAGCUAAAGCAUUAACUGUAUUGCUGGAGGAGAUUGCUAUAUGUAGCCCAACUACCGACAAGUUUGACUUCCGGUGGAAAACGUGUGAAUUCUGGAAAAAAUGCACCAAGGACCAAAUGAGACAGCUCAGUUUCGCCAACAUCGACGUACUCAUAGCGGCCAUGAAACUACAAGGCCUAAAAUACAAGUUAUGGCACGACCUGGAUAUCAUCGACGAUUUCUAUCAGCGUUUCAUUGAAAAAGCUCAAAAGUAUUUGCCCAUUGCCUACGCCGUGAUGGACACCUACCAGCCCGAUAAUCACACGUUCAACCACAUUAACCAGUACUACCUGGGCGUGUCGUUCGAGGAGUACAGGUAUGUAGGUGCUAAGUUGGACAUUUCGCGCAAGAAUCAGCUAAUAGUUAAGGAUACCGAGGAGAAUUUGGCAAAAAGGUGGGCCGGUAUGCAGGAGACUAUACUGAAAACUGUACUCUGGGCCUCCGAUUAUAUCAGGUUUAAGAGGGAGGACACUUUUUGGGGAUCCCUACACAUACAGAUACAUGAUUUAGUGCAGGAUAUGUUUAGCAAGGUUAAUGCUGACCUGGAUAAGAUGCCCAGUGGUGAGAAAAAGGCGAAAGCAUUGACUGUAUUGCUGGAGGAGGUUGGCAUAUUAUUGAUAUAGUAUCAACUAUUAUUGUAUUAAAUACACUAACUCAUAUUGAUUAAGAUAUUUGACUAAUACAGUACUAAAAAUUUAUUUUAUCAAAUAAAACUACUUUACACAUAUUAUGUGUUUAAAACACAAUAUUAUAAAG